AUGGCAAAGACAGUAGUGAUAUUCGGAGCUACUGGAAAGCAAGGAGGUUCUGUCGUGGAUGCUUUUCUGGGAGAUCCUUCUUUCAACGUCCGCGCUGUCGUGAGAGACCUCAAGUCUACUUCAGCCCAAGCUCUUCAAACUCGAGGAGUAGAUGUGGUAAAGGGGGAUCUUUUUGACGAAGCCUCAUUAGUCAACGCGUUCAAGGGUGCUAGUAUUAUCUACGGUGUCACAGCCGACAUAGGAGUUUUGCUACCACAACUGCUCAGGGAUGGAGUUAAGUCGGUCAUAACUGAGGCUUCUAGACUUGAGAAAGUCGAGGGGAAGAAUCUCGUCCAUGCAGUAGCUGCAAAUAAAGAUACGAUCGAAUUGUUCAUCUUCUCUGGUCUCUCGCCCGCACGAGAGAUUAGUGGUGGAAAGUUCGAGACUAUUCAUCACUUUGAUAGCAAGGCAGAGAUCAUCAAUUACCUGGAAUCGGAUUUUCCAGAGCUUGUCUCAAGGACUGUCGAACUUCAGCUAGGAAUGUUUGCAACUAACAUCACGCGGCAAUCCCCACUACGGCCUUGGAAGCAACCAGAUGGUCGAUACCGUGUGACUAUGCCGAAUUCGAUUGACACUCCAGUCCCAUUUAUCGACCCAAAUCGUGAUCCAGCAAUCUUUGUCAAAGCUCUGGCUAGCCAGCCACUCCCACCUUCGACGUCAGAGUCCAGAGUACGCAAGUUUGCUGGAUUUGCACGUUAUACGACUCACAGACAGUGGAUCGAUCUGCUGAAUCGGCAGAUUGCAGGUAAGGUGUAUUUCGAGGAGACAAGCGUUGACAGUUGGGCCAACCUGAUGUCUCCUCCUGGCCUUGGAUUGGAAUUGGCCGAGAUGUGGAAGUAUGUUGAGGAAAUAGGCUACUUUGGCGGCGACAAAGGAGGUACAACCAUCAUUACUGAGGUGAGAAAGAUGAAUGAAUCGACUUAA